AUGGAUACGACUCUCCCUGAUAUAACAAUCGCGCCCGCUGCUGAUCAACAUAUUCUGCACGAUGGAAAGGAAUAUACUACAGUCAAGGAAGGUCUUGCACAUAUCCUGAUACCCGCAGAAGGAGCGAAGAUACCGCAGACGACUCCUAAAGGUCAAAGCCAAGUACAAUCUGUGUUCUACAACCCUAUUCAACAAUUCAAUCGAGAUUUGAGCGUCUUGGCGAUUAAGGCAUAUGGAGAAAGUACUUUGGAAAAGAAGAGGAAGAUAAUCGAACGCGAUAGACAGAAGAAUGUUGCCAAGAAGGAGAAGAAAAGAAAGAGGGCUACUGAGGCACAACAUGAUGGACCGAGGAAAGCUGGCAAGCUCGUGACUGCAGGAGAAGCUGUAGAACUCCCAUUAACCGUCGCAGAAGCAAACAAUGCCAAUACCGACAAGGAAACAGAGACUGGGAAAGAUGAUGCAAAUGUUGAAAAUGAAGUGACAAAUUCGACGAUCCUAACGGCCAAUGGCGAAUCACAUACUCAUGUCACAACGGAGACGGCUGAAGUAUUAGAAAUUAAAAACAAUCAGGAAUCUACAAAAUCCGCAAAUCCAAUCAACCCGAAAUUCAAAAUACUCGAUGCACUAUCUGCGACCGGACUCAGGGCUAUUCGCUAUGCCCAAGAAAUUCCCUUUGCGACAUCAAUCACCGCCAAUGACCUUUUGCCCGCAGCUACGAAGACAAUCGAAUUAAACGUAAAACAUAACAAUUUGGAAGACAAGAUCAAAGCUGUCACUGGUAAUGCAUUGACGCACAUGUACAGUCUUGUGGGUGAUGAUUGCAAAGAUGGAAGUGGCAGCAGAAAGUACGACGUAAUUGAUUUGGACCCUUAUGGCACAGCCGCUCCGUUUUUGGAUGCAGCAGUACAAGCCGUGAGAGAUGACGGAGGGCUCCUUUGCGUAACCUGUACUGAUGCUGGUGUAUGGGCUUCCAAUGGAUAUCCCGAAAAGGCAUACUCUCUAUACGGAGGAGUUACAGUCAAAGGCCAGCAUAGUCACGAAGGCGGCCUACGACUCAUUCUACAUGCAAUCGCUACAUCCGCCGCUCGAUAUGGCCUGGCAAUGGAGCCGCUUCUUUCUCUUUCGAUUGAUUUCUACGCACGAGUAUUUGUUAGAAUAUACAAAUCUCCCUCCGAUGUCAAGUUUUUGGCUGGAAAAACCAUGAUGGUAUAUAAUUGUGAUACUGGUUGCGGGGCAUGGACAACUCAAAUGGUUGCAAAGAAUAAACUCGCACCCAAUAAAAAUGGUAAUGGCCAUUUCUGGAAACACGUUUACUCCAUGGGACCAUCCGCAGGUGAAAACUGCUCUCAUUGCGGCAUGAGACGUCACCUUGCUGGACCUAUGUACGGCGGACCACUUCAUUCACCCGAGUUUGUCCAAAGAAUCUUAGACGAUCUUCCUAACGUAUCCAAGGAUACAUAUCAUACAACGGCUAGGAUCGAAGGAAUGCUCACAUUGGCUCUCGAAGAGAAUUUACCUCCCUUAGAAGACAGUUCGGCCUCCCCAACCGCCUCAUCAAGGACUGGCAAAUACGACCCUGCGGCCCUUGACCAUUAUCCAUUCUUCUUUAUACCAUCAAUGCUUGCCAAAGUAAUUCAUUGCGUUACACCCCACGAGAAUGCCCUGCGAGGAGCUUUACGGCAUCUCGGUUACAGGGUCACUAGGAGCCACACGAAGGGUGGUAGUAUCAAAACCGAUGCCCCUUGGGAUGUCAUAUGGGAGAUGAUGAGGGAAUGGGCUCGACAAAAGUGUCCGCCAAAGGAAGGUGCUAUUAAGAAGAAUACAGCCGGGUGGCAUAUUAUGGGCUUAGACAAAAAUGAGCCGUCCAACCAGGAGUCAAAUACUAAGGAUGCGACGAAUGGUGUUGAGACCAACGAAGAAGAUACGUCAUCCACCGAGAAGAAAAAAAUCGAGAUAGUAUUUGACGAAAAACUGGGAGUGGAGAAAGACGCGAAAAAGAUAGUGAGAUACCAAGUCAACCCUCGAGAGAAUUGGGGGCCAAUGAAUCGUGCCAGUGGCCAUGCAUAG